AUGGCCAUUCAGAAUAUAAAUGCUGGUGAUAUACAGAGAAUUACUUCUGGUCAAGUCAUUAUUGAUUUGGUAUCAAUCGUGAAGGAAUUAGUGGAAAAUUCAAUAGACGCAAGCAGCUCCAAAAUAGAGGUACUUUUCAAGAACAGUGGACUAGAUUCAAUUGAGAUAAUCGAUGAUGGUAUUGGAAUUGGAGAAGAUGAUUUUACUUCAGUAUGUUUAAAGCAUUGUACCUCAAAGCUUUCUACGUUUGAACAAUUAAGUGAAGUUAAUACUUUGGGCUUUCGAGGAGAAGCAUUGAGCUCAUUAUGCUCGGUAUCAAACUUAAGAAUUACAACUUGUACCAAGGAAAAUUAUCCCAGGGCAACUGAAUUGAAGUAUAAUGCAAUGGGUGUAUUGAUAAAUAAAAAGAAAGUCAUCGGGGGCAUCAAGGGAACGUCAAUUUUAGUAUCUAGCUUAUUUCAUAAUUUGCCAGUUAGACAAAAGAACUUACAAAAAAAUUUGAAAAGAGAAUACAAUAAAGCAGUGAGUCUUUUAAUCAACUAUAUCAUAAUAAACCCAAACAUAAGGUUUACGGUGUACAAUAUUAAUCCAAAGACCUCAAAGAAAAACUUGAUAAUUGGCACGAAGGGAACAGGUAGCUCCACUAUUCUAGAUAAUGUGGUAAAUAUUUUUGGAAGUAACGGUGCAUAUGGCCUAAUUCCUAUAGAUUUGUCGGUAGAUGACAUAGAUGUCAAGUUUAGAUUAAACCGGGGUGACUUUCCAACCCAUAAGAAGUUAAAUGUACAGUUUAAAGGAUAUAUCUCUAACAGUUCGUUUGGGUUGGGCCGAUCAUCAGGAGAUAGGCAAUAUUUAUUUAUAAAUGGAAGACCAAUUAUAUUUAAGAAGUUUUUAAAAACUAUAAAUGAAGUAUAUAAGAGCUUCAAUCAUGUUCAAUUUCCAGUGGUCAUACUAAAUGUAAUUAUAGACACUGAAUUCUUAGACAUCAAUGUAACCCCAGAUAAAAGAGUUAUAAUGAUUCAGAAUGAGGAUUUGAUUAAUGAUAUAUUAAGAAAUGAAGUAACUAAAUUUUUUGACACACAGAAUACUGUUAUUCCUAAGAAUAAGAGUUCAGGGAUUAGUCUAAGCGACGAAAAAAGCUCAGUUUCUUCCAAUUCAACCCAAGCGAAUAAAGUCACCGAAGUUGUUUCUAAUGUGAAUGAAACAUCAAGAGAAGCUGAAGUACAAAAAAAUCUAAUGGUAACAAGAAAACGGGAACACAAUGAAAAUGAGACGGAUGAAGAGGCUGGAGAGAAAAAGGUCCAAGAGGAGAACGAUGAGGAGGAAGAAGAAGAAGAAGAGGAGGAAGUAGAAGUAGAGGAUGUCCAAGAAACGAUUGAUGAGGAAGAAGAAGAAGCAGAAGCAGAAGCAGAAGAGGCAGAAGAAGAACAAGAAGAUGAGGAAGAAGAAGAAAACGAAAAGGAGAUUAUGAAUUUAGAUGAAGAGGUUGAUGAAAUCAACGAUGAUAGCAAUAGUUCCAGGAACAAGAUCAUAGAUAAUGAUUUAUUAGUUACCAGAGGAACGAGAACAAUAGGUAUUGGAAAUAACCAUAAAACACAAAGAACAAGGGAUAAACUACUUAGUGAUUUGGGCGUUGUUGAAGUUGGCCUGAGUAGUACAAAUAACAGAAGAAAUAGAAACAAUAAUAUAGAAAAUGAACAAUCUUCAGACAAUGAGGAUGUGCUGCAAAUAUUGAAUGAAAGAGGAGUUGAAAAACAACACAAUAAUAGCCUAGAAUUCAAUGAUUCAAAUAUUCAUGAAUCAACUAGAAUCUCAUUGAAACGCAAUAGAGAUGAACAACUAUUCGUUUCUGAAUCGGACGAUGAACCAAAAAAUGGCAACAAGGUACUUGAUUUAUCAUCUUUCAAAAAUAAUGCAUCUGAACCAAAAAGAUUACUGCAGCAAAUUCAGCCAGAUGUUACGGAUAAUUUGAGAAUAUCAAUAGGUGAUCGAGAAGUAGAAGAAAGGCCCAUAAAAAGAACCAAAACCAUGGUCUCACGGGAUGAAAUUACAUUCAAUGAAGACCCUGCUGUUAUUACUAAACAUACAUCUAAGUCUUACGUACAUAAUCUAUCAACUACGCUAGAUGUUGAUUUGCAACAUAUCUAUUCAGAGCUUGAAAAGCAUGAGGCCUCAGGAAAGAGUCAAGAAGAUUCUUCUAGAAAUAUAGCAAUUGAUAAUAUCGAAUCUACUAAAGAAGCGGAAGAAAAGUUGUCCUACACGAUUCUGAAAUCGGACUUCCUCGAAAUGAGACUUAUUGGACAAUUCAAUCUAGGCUUUAUUUUAGUUACUUUGAAUUCAUCCAAUAACCUAUUUAUUAUUGAUCAACAUGCUUCUGACGAGAAAUACAAUUUCGAAAAAUUGACGGAGAUUACCACUUUCCAGAAUCAAACUCUCGUUAUUCCGAAAACCAUCGAGCUCAAUGCAAUCGACGAGAUGAUUGUAAUGGAUAACCUUUCUGUAUUUAAACAGAAUGGAUUCGUAAUACAAGUAGAAGAAGAUAAUCCUCCAGGUAAACGUAUCAAACUCAUAUCGCUACCUGUUCUGAAAAAUGUUCUAUUUGAUAUUAGUGAUUUCCAUGAACUUAUACACCUCAUCAACACCCACAAUUCCACCAGUAAUGAGGGUAUCAAAUGUUCCAAAAUAAGAUCUUUAUUGGCUAUGAGAGCAUGUAGAAGUAGUAUAAUGAUUGGCCAACAUUUGAACAGAAAGACUAUGACAAAAAUACUCACAAAUCUAAGUAAGCUAGAUAAGCCUUGGAACUGUCCUCACGGAAGACCUACAAUGAGACAUUUAACAGAACUACAGAAGUGGUCUAGCUUUAAAGACGAUUACCAAUUAUGA